AUGGCUAAUGAAUGUGGGAAGAAUGGAGAAGGGCAAUUGUCACCUGAGAAAGAACAAGAGAUUACAAACCGGAUCUUGAAACGAGCAGAGCUAGCCCAAAUGACGCGACAGUUGAAGAUGAAACUGAGUAAAGUACCGACCUCCAGAGAGGCUUCACCAGUCAAGAAUCGCAGAAAGAGAGUUGUGGAUAGUAGCGACCAUGAAAUAACAGAGGCGAUCGCCAGAGUUUCACCAGUGAAGAAAGAAUGGAUUAAAGGUAGGUUGGGGGAAGAUGAGGCAGAAAACGCGAGUAGUGGAGCUACAUCACCCGUUAAGGAUCUCAAAAAGCUUGGUACACCUCCACCAGCACCACCUACAUCCUCUUCAUCAUGUAUGCGCGACUUAAAUUCUUCCAGAGACGGUCAAGCGAUGCCCUCUACUCCAGGACGUACCAGAAGCCGCAACAGAAAUGCAUUACCGCUGGUAAUAUCAACCUCUUCCGAUGGCCAAGUCACACAACCGAUAGUAUCGACCCCCCAGAGAAGUGUAAACGGCAAGAAGGGUGAUCACGGCGAAAACGAAGUAGGUGCAGAUCUACUGAUGUUCCUAGCGGCAAGUCCUUACACUUCUACUACGAACAGCAACCGCCAAACAAGAAUGCCAUCCACUCCAAUGGCCUACAUGUCGCAUAACGGCGGUCAACAAGACUCUGAAGACGCCAUUCGCUUCUCGCAUAUGAAACCAAGCAUGUCUUCCCCGCAAAGCACUUUCAAAGUUCCCUCUCAUGUAAUCAAUCACAACUACAACAACCACAACUCAUCGGAAGUUCUCAUUGAGCCACCAUCAAUCUACUCAAGCUCUACACAUUCGCCCUCGCCAUCAAAAAGAAGACACAUGGGUGUUCCUGAACCAACACACAUCCCAACUACACCAUCAAGAGAACUACGCUCAUCCCAUCUACUGAGAACUCCGAAUUUCAACAUGGGAGAUUAUGUUCAUGCCCUUUUUAGUCCCUCCCCCAGAGUCCCAAGCACUGCUACAAGCAGGCCAGCAACCGCGCAAGAUCUACGUAACAACAGGGGCUAG